UUCUCGAUUUGUCAUUGACGACCAUAAAAACGAAUUCAAAUGCAAAAAAAAAACAUUACACAUUUGACAUAACAAUAUUGAUAUGAAAACAUUAAUCCAACAUCACACAAAGACACACUUCAAAACCAUACUUUCUAGAUUUUCCACACCUUCAUUCAUCACACCCCAUCAAACUAAAACCCUUCAUAACCAACCAACUAACCAUGGACCCAAUGUUAUACAAUCAAAUUUUGAACCAAAUGGUUUUGAUUCAACCACUUUCCAUGUUGCCUGCCAAAUGUUUGAUGAAAUGUCUGACUUAACUGUUGAAUCAGCAACCACUAUAAUUAGUGGUUUCUCGAAGCGGCAUUGCCAUGAAGACGCUAUUUAUCUCUUUUCGAGAAUGUUUGCUUCGAAGAUUCGACCAAACGAGUUCACAUUUGGAACUGUGAUUCACUCUUCCAAUGUACUUGGAAAUGUUGUUGUUGGUAAACAGCUUCAUGCUUGUGCAAUUAAAACUGGGUUUGGUGGUGAUGUUUUCGUUGGUAGUGCAUUAAUUGAUUUGUAUGUAAAGUUGAGUACUAUAGAAGAAGCAAAUAAAGCUUUUGAUGAUACCCAAUUUCCCAAUGUUGUGACUUAUACGACAUUGAUUGGUGGGUAUUUGAAGAGAGGGAAGUUUGAUGAUGCUUUGCAGGUUUUUAAUGAGAUGCCUGAGAGGAACGUUGUGUCAUGGAAUGUGAUGGUUGGUGGGUGUAGUCAAACGGGUCAUAACGAAGAAGCUGUGAAGUUUUUUAUUGAAAUGCUUAGAGAAGGAUUUAUUCCAAAUGAAUCUACAUUUCCUUGUGUAAUUUGUGCAGCUGCUAAUAUAGCUUCCCUUGGAAUUGGGAGAAGUUUUCAUGCAUGUGCAAUCAAGAUUUUGGGUAAGGUUAAUAAUGUUUUUGUUGGUAAUUCGCUUAUUAGCUUUUAUGCGAAAUGUGGUAGCAUGGAAGAUAGUCUCUUGAUGUUCAACAAGCAAUGUAAAAGGAAUGUAGUGUCAUGGAAUGCCGUGAUAUGUGGUUUUGCACAAAAUGGAAGAGGUGUUGAGGCAAUAAGCGUGUUCGAAAGAAUGUGUUCUGCAGGCGUCAAACCGAAUAGGUUAUCCUUUCUAGGACUACUUUGGGCUUGUAAUCAUGCUGGUCUUGUUGAUGAGGGUUACAUGUAUUUCAAUAAAGCCAUGUUUGAGAGUCCAAAUUUGUUAACACCUGAGCAUUAUGCUUGCAUGGUUGACUUGCUAGCUCGCUCUGGACGUUUUGUCGAAGCCGAGGGCUUCCUUCACCGUCUGCCUUUCAAACCAGGAAUCGGAUUUUGGAAGGCAAUACUUGGAGGCUGCCAAAUCCACCAUAACAUGGAGUUAGGGGAGCUUGCGGCGAGAAAUAUUUUGGCUUUGGAUCCUGACGAUGUAUCGUCAUAUGUAAUGUUGUCAAAUGCUUAUUCUGCGGCAGGUAGGUGGUCAGAUGUGUCAAGAUUAAGGACAGAGAUGAAGGAAAAAGGGAUGCAGAGGAUUCCAGGUGGUAGUUGGAUUGAAGUCAGAGGCAAAGUUCAUGCCUUUCUUACUGCAGACUGGAGUCAUAAUAAAAAUGAUGAAAUUUAUGUGCUUCUAAGAAUUUUCUUUGAACAUUUAAGAGAAAAUGAGAAUUCUGAUUUGCUCAACAAUUAUUGUGAUUUCAGUGCCAUAUAAGAAAUGGGCAAUAGUUCUGUUUGAUUUAGUGUCAUUCAUGCCAUUUUCAAUUUUAAAA